AUGGGCACAACGGGCACGAAGUCGUCGAUUGCACAUCAUAUCAGCGAAGGGGACGAGAUAUUUAUGAAGUGUCAGAUCAGUGCUCAUCCGCACACAUAUGUCAUACAAUUCUUCUUCAAUGGCACACAAAUUAUCGACAAUUCUGACGGGGUGUUCAUUAAUAACUCAAGUCUCGUAAUAAAGAGCGUUCGCCGACAGCAUUCCGGACGCUAUCAGUGUUUCGCCAAUAACUCCGAAGGCAGAGGAGAUAGCAAUGAAUUAGUCCUCGCCGUCACCUACCCGCCGGUGUGUCGGUCGCAUAAGCGUGUGUUUGGGGCGGCGUUGGGGGAGGCGGUGAAGAUCCCGUGCUCUGUGACGGCCGAACCGCCGGACGUGGCCUUCCAGUGGACGGUCAACAACGCGGAACUGUUGGCCAGCAAACCUCCGCCAUCGUUGUUGUGGUACAGAGAGGAUCAGAUGAUUGACGACUCGUACAGCCAUAGCAUCGACAAUAAGACAAUACAUAACGACGUGUUAAUAAUCAAUUUGACGAGAAGUGACUUGAAUGCCAAAUACUCGUGUCAGGCAUAUCAUCCCAACUUCACGGCACCCAUACAGACAUCCGUGCGAUUAGACAUUAACCUAAAACCAUUAGACAUCCGAUUAAAUUCGCUGGAUGGUCAAUUAUCAGCGGGAGGUAGUGUGGAGCUCGUAUGCAAUACAGGGGGCAGUAGACCCCCGGCCAAGAUUACCUGGCUUAGAGAUAACCGUCCAUUAAUUCAUUCCAGUGAACGCACAGAAACUGUGGGAAACCUGACGACAAGUGCCAUUACAUACACGCCAUCGGCCGAAGAUCACGGCGUUUAUCUGUCGUGUCGGUCGGAAAACACACGACUGGCCAACAGUAGCAUUGAAAUCGGAUAUACACUUAAUGUUUAU